AUGGUGCUUGUUCACAUCGUCCUGUUCAAGUUCAAGCCCGGCGUCUCCCCGGCGCACAAGGAGGCCUUUGCCGCAGAGCUCAAGCGGCUCCGGCACCUGCCGAGCGUCCUGAACAAACGGCUGGUGGUGGGCGGGCCCUCGGUCACGGAUCCCAUCGCGCGGAGCAGAGGCAAUCACCUGGCCCUGGUGAGCUACCACGCGAGCAAGGCGGCCUUGGCAGAGGUUACCAGCACGUACUUGUGGCCGUUUAGCGAAGAGGUGACGCGCUUCGAUUUCGAAAUGGACGCCGAGGACGAGCGGUGGAUGGGGGGCUUCUUGUCAUGUGCGGAUGCGACGUUGGACACGGGUGAGCAAGAAUAA